AAUGUAAUAAUGGAAAAAAAACAAUUACCACAAUGGUCAGUGAGAUUGAUGCAUGGCUUCCUCGUGAAUAUAUGUGAUGAUUGGCUAACAGAUGAUCAUCAUUGUCAUUAUGUAUUAUUAUAUAGGGUGGAUACAUAUACCAUAUACAAGUGCAAUGUUUUUCUCAAGAUUUAUUUUGUUAACUAGUUUAUAGAUAAUCUCUAGUAUGUAUGUUUUGUAGAAUUUUUUUUUUCUUCAACAACAACAGAACAAUGUAUUGGUUAUAUUGCAUAAAAUUCAUUGCAAAUAUCGAGUUAAAAUUCAUUUUAGUUCUUGACAAUCGUCUGACAAAUGUUGGAAUAUUUUUUUUGUUUGUUUGUUUCAUAUGUUUGCAAAUUCAAUGUGUUUAACAAUAUCAUCAUAAUUUGAAAAUAAAAUAUCAAUUGAUAAUCAAUAUGGAUAAACAUCAAUCAAUAACCUCCGCAAUUUCAUUAUUAUUAAUCAUCACCAUUAUUAAUAUGAAUAGACAAUGUUACUGUGUCUAUAUUUAUGGUUUAGUUCUUCAUAAUCCGAUACCGGAUGAUCUUGGAUUAAAAAAUUCUUUACAUCAUCAUUUAUUAUCAUCGCCAGUGCCAGAUCAAAGUAGAAAUCAUCGUUAUGAGACAAUCGAUGAUGAUGAUGAUGAUAAUAAUUUCAGCAACAAAGGAAAGAAAAAUUCCAUUUCUUUUCAACAUCAUAAUCAGCAACAACAAAAAUUUUCGAAUAAUAAUAGAAUAAAAUGCCGACAAGAUUCUGAUUGUAUUGAUGAUAAUGGACCAGAAAAUGGUCCAAUGAUGUAUUGUGAUCAACAUUAUAGUUAUUGUGAUUAUUUUAGACAAAUUGGUGAACUAUGUCGUUAUGAUAGCCAAUGUGACAAUGGAUUGAUCUGUAUGUUUGGCCAAUGUGAAAAACCAUUCGAAACUGGACAUCCUGGUGCUCGUUGCAAGGAUUCUGAUGAUUGUAAUGCUGGUCUUUGUUGUGCUCGUCAAAAUGGUGAAUAUAUCUGUAAACCAAAAUUAAAACAUGGUCAACAAUGUUUCGUUCCUCUUGGUGGUCUUGAUUAUAGCCUCAAUGAACUUUGUCCAUGUGAUGAAGGUCUUGAAUGUACGUUUAGAACAAAAAAUUCACGAAGGUAUGUCUUAUUUACAUUCUCUUUACGAAUGAUAAUAAUAAUUUUUUUUCGUCAAACUAAUAGGAAAAGAAAGAAUGAAAAUGUUAUGAGAUGUGCAUUCACAACGUCAAAUUUAUGAAAAAAAAACAACAAAACAACAACAACAACAACAAAAAAAUUUUAUUUCAAAAAAAUCAAAACAAAACUGUCAACUAACGCCAUCUAACGAUCACAGAGCAAAUAUAUCUCGAAUUCAAAUUAUUCUCGCAAAUCAAUUAAUCAUCACAAAGAAAAAA